AUGAGGUCCUCGGAAUGCUCGCCGUUCACUAAUGUUGUGGUGAGCUCGAUGAGAAAGCUAUACCCGGAGGCAUUGGCGGAUAAGAGCUUCGAUAAUACAGGACUGCUCCUCGAAGCUCCUUUCGACAAAUCCCGGAUCCAGACCAACUCGGUCCUCCUCACCAUUGACCUCACCACGGCCGUUGCCGAUGAAGCCAUUAAAAACCGCAAUUCGAUUGUCGUCGCAUACCACCCAAUCAUCUUCCGCGGCCUGAAAUCCCUCACCUUCGCCGACUCCCAACAAAGAUCCCUCCUCCGCCUAGCACAACAUGGAAUCAGCGUCUACUCCCCGCACACAGCAGUCGACACCGUCCCCAGCGGCAUGGCCGACUGGCUCUGCGACGUAGUGACCGGAAACUUCGCACAGGUCCAACAAACGCCUAAAGCCCCCAUCGAAUCCUGUGCCUCGAGCAUGUACUCCGCCCCAAGCUACCCCGAAGCGCCCAUCCCCGCCGUGCAGACCCAAACCUCAGAAGGCCCAGCACACACCAGGUCCACAAUCCAUCCAUCCCCUCCAGCCUCGAUCCCAGAAGGGUUUGAAUCAGCCGGUGCCGGUCGGCUGGUGACAUUCACCGAGAAGCAGCCGCUCACUUCCCUGAUCGACAACAUCGCUUCCGGAAUCGGCUUGCCGGGCGGUAUCCCCAUCGCCAUCCCGCAAGGCCAAUCUGUCGAUGAUAUAUCCAUCCGCACGGUGGGUAUGUGUCCCGGUUCGGGCUCGGGAGUCCUCCUCAAGGGUGACGGCGAGCUCCCUGAUCUCCUGUUGACUGGUGAAAUGAGCCACCAUGAGGCUUUGGCUGCCACGGAGCGUGGCUCUGUUGUUAUCUCACUUUCGCACACGAACUCGGAGCGUGGGUAUCUGCGUUCGAUGAUGCAGCCUAAAUUGCUCGCUGAGAUUAAGCAGCAGUGGGAUGCGGCUUUCCAAGAUUCUGCGAAGACUGUUGAUGACCUCAAGAAGUUUGAUGGGGUUCCAUCGGCAGCUGUGCUUCAGAUUCGAGACCUUUAUAAGGAUCAGGGCGAUGUUGAGGUUUCUGUUAGUGAGGCUGAUCGUGACCCCUAUGGUAUUAUGAUUUGGCGUGGUAAUUAA